CAGAUGCCUGGAAUGAUGCAGUCGGUGAUGCCUGGGAUGAUGAUGUCCCACAUGUCCCAGGCUGCCAUGCAGCCCACGGUUCCUCCAGGGGUGAACAGUAUGGAUGCACAAGUAGGUGUGACCCCUCCUGGAACUCAGACAACCCAUCCCGUGGUCUCCACGGUCCAGCAAACGGCCACCACCACCAGCUCUGCCACUGAGGAUCACUCCAAGCAGAAAUCCACGUGGACAGAGCACAAAUCUCCCGAUGGAAGAACUUAUUACUACAACACCGAGACGAAGCAGUCGACGUGGGAGAAGCCAGAUGAUCUCAAAACACCUGCUGAGCAACUGUUGUCCAAGUGUCCCUGGAAAGAGUAUAAAUCAGAUUCUGGGAAGCCUUAUUAUUACAAUUCCCAAACCAAGGAAUCCCGCUGGGCCAAACCCAAAGAGCUGGAGGAUCUUGAAGCAAUGAUUAAAGCUGAAGAAAACAGCACAAAACCCGAGGAUUCUGGUGCAUCCACAGCAGCUCCGGCCGCCUCCGCGGACGCUCCGAGCGGAGCCGGCGCGACGCCCGCGGCCGAAACCGCCCCGGCGGCCACGGCUGCUCCCGCCGGAGCCGCUCCAGAGGGGGAAGCUGCUCCAGCUGCUGCCGGGGGGGAAGCUGAGGGUGCUGGGACAGCCCAGGCCGAGGAGCAGGGCCAAGGAAGCGCCGCCCCCGGAGCGCAGGAGGGAACGGGGGACGCGGCCACCGGCACCGAGGACACGGCCAAGCAGGAGGCAGCGGGAGAUGCUGCUUCAAAGAAGGAGGAUGAUGAUGCCCAACCAGUUAAAAAAACCUACACCUGGAACACAAAGGAAGAAGCAAAACAAGCAUUUAAAGAGCUGUUAAAAGAAAAGCGAGUCCCAUCCAAUGCUUCUUGGGAGCAGGCCAUGAAGAUGAUCAUCAACGAUCCCAGAUACAGUGCUCUGGCAAAACUGAGUGAGAAAAAACAAGCUUUUAAUGCUUACAAAGUUCAGACAGAAAAGGAGGAGAAAGAAGAGGCGAGAUCCAAGUACAAAGAAGCCAAAGAAUCCUUCCAGCGUUUCCUGGAGAACCACGAGAAGAUGACAUCCACCACCAGAUACAAGAAAGCUGAGCAGAUGUUUGGGGAGAUGGAGGUGUGGAAUGCCAUAUCCGAGCGGGAUCGCCUGGAAAUCUAUGAGGAUGUCUUGUUUUUUCUGUCCAAGAAGGAGAAGGAACAAGCCAAGCAGUUACGGAAGAGGAACUGGGAAGCCCUGAAGAACAUCCUGGAUAACAUGGCCAACGUCACCUAUUGCACCACAUGGUCGGAGGCCCAGCAGUACCUGAUGGACAACCCCACGUUUGCAGAGGAUGAGGAGCUCCAGAACAUGGAUAAGGAGGACGCCCUGAUCUGUUUUGAGGAACAUAUCCGGGCCUUGGAAAAAGAGGAGGAAGAGGAAAAGCAGAAAAGUUUGCUGAGAGAAAGGAGGAGGCAGAGGAAAAACAGGGAAUCCUUCCAGCUGUUCCUGGACGAGCUGCACGAGCACGGGCAGUUACAUUCCAUGUCCUCCUGGAUGGAGCUGUACCCGGCCAUCAGCUCCGACAUCAGGUUCACCAGCAUGUUGGGCCAGCCUGGAUCCACAGCCCUGGACCUGUUCAAGUUCUACGUGGAGGACCUGAAGGCUCGUUACCACGACGAGAAGAAGAUCAUCAAAGACAUCCUAAAGGACAAAGGAUUCGUGGUGGAGGUGAACACUUCCUUCGAGGAUUUCGUCACCGUCAUCAGCUCCACCAAAAGAGCCACAACUUUGGAUGCAGGGAAUAUCAAACUGGCUUUCAACAGUCUGCUGGAGAAGGCCGAGGCCCGGGAGCGGGAGCGGGAGAAGGAGGAGGCUCGGAAGAUGAAGCGCAAGGAGUCGGCCUUCAAGAGCAUGUUGAAACAGGCCACCCCCCCCAUCGAGCUGGAUGCUGUCUGGGAGGAUAUCAGAGACAGGUUUGUCAAGGAACCAGCAUUUGAAGACAUCACCCUGGAGUCUGAAAGGAAAAGGAUAUUUAAAGACUUCUUACAUGUACUAGAGCACGAGUGCCAACACCACCACUCGAAGACCAAGAAACAUUCGAAGAAGUCCAAAAAGCAUCACCGGAAACGCUCCCGAUCCCGCUCCGGCUCCGAGUCUGAGGACGACGACAGCCACUCCAAGAAGAAGCGGCAGCGCUCGGAAUCCCGCUCGGUGUCCGAGCGCUCGUCCAGUGCGGAAUCCGAGAGGAGUUACAAGAAGUCCAAAAAGCACAAGAAGAAGAGCAAGAAGAGGAGACACAAGUCUGAUUCCCCAGAGUCGGAUCUGGAGCGGGAGAAGGACAAGAAGGAGAGGGAGCGGGACAGUGAGAAGGAGCGGGGCCGGCAGAGAUCCGAGUCCAAACACAAAUCUCCCACCAAGAAACGGCCCGGAAAAGAUUCCGGGAACUGGGACACGUCGGGCAGCGAGCUGAGCGAGGGGGAGCUGGAGAAGCAGAGGAGGACUCUGUUGGAACAACUGGAUGAAGAUCAAUGACAAAUUAUUUAUACCAAAAAUGUUUACAUGCCAUCCCACCCCAGCAGAGCCUGGAGGGGCCUCGACCCCCCCUUCCACAGCUGGAAUUACAGCGGCUUUUAGUUUGUCCCACGUCACCCCACUCAGUCCCUAUUGGCAGCAAAUGGAGAAAACCAAUGGAAUUCCCAGGGAAAAGCUGGGAAAAAGCCUGGAGCUCUGGGCUGGGCUGGGCUGGAGGUGCCCCCAAGCCCAGGGGAGCCUUGGCACCUUCCUGGGCAGGGAAUAACACUGAGCUGCUGGGCAGAGCCAUUCCAGCUUUGGAAAAGGGGCUUUAAUUUAGUUUCUUCUGGUUUAAUUCCCUGGAUGGAUCUGGGAUAUUGGGAGCUUUCUUCUGGGAAGGCAACGGGAGCGACGAAUCCACGUCCUGAUCCCUCCUGCAAACCCCCAGAUUUUGGGAUUUUGGGAUUGUUCUCAGUCACAGCGUGGAGUUUGUCCGAGAUUUCACUGACUCUGAGCACUCACUCCAAGCGAGUUUUCCCAAUAAAUAACCCAGGGAAUGGGAAUGGGAAUGGGAAUGUGGCUGCAGCGCCAGCAGAGGGGGUGUGUGUGACACAACCGCCUCCUUCCCGAAUCCCGCCCCGGCCCAGCCGCGGGUGUUCCCUCAGCGCUUAUCUCCACCUCCAGCUCCACCUCCACCUGUUCCUUCCCCUCUGGAAAAUGUAGGAAUAAAACUCAAAUUUGCCCCCGAUUUCCAUGUGUUGCCUUAAGAACCUGCUGCAGAAUGUCCCUGCCCAGCCCAGAGCAGGGAGGAGGAGGAGGAGGAGGCAAUUCCAGCCCUGUUUUCCAGCCCCUGCGUGUCCAGGAAGGUGCCCCCGCCCUGCUGGGGGAGAAAAAUUGGGAAUCUGCUCUCCUUGGAAUAUUUUUGUACAUUUUUAUUGAUGAUUAAACCUUGUCUUGUACCCUG